AGAAGGUUACUUAGUUUGCUUUGGCGACUAGGAAACACCGAAACAGUCGAUUAACAACACGUUUCGUCAACCGAAGAUCAAUCUUUAUUUCUCCGCACCCCUCCCAAUUCCUCCUCCGCCGUCAACAUCGCCCACGCAGCAGCCUCCCCCGCAGUAUAUUCCCGUGUGCCCACGCAGCUUCAAGUGAUUCCAACCUUAUCGCUUUCUAAAACCUCUCGCUUUCACUUCGGAUACCUGAAUUACCAUGCAAAUAUCUGUUUUUGAGCCUUGUUUUGGGAUUGGAGUAGGAAAAGCUGCGAUCUGUGGGUAAACCGCCUUCCGAAGUGGAGUUCGAUCACUCGUUGUAGGGAGAGAUAAGGGAAAGAGAGGCGCAGAUGAGGAAAGGGGGAGGGCUUGAAGUCGUCGUCUCCUCGUUUUUGUGGAUUUGGUUGACGUGUCUGUGGUGGGAGUUUUGUGAUUCCCUCAACGAUGAAGGGAGGGCUCUUCUAGCAUUCAAAGGGAGAGUAGAGGUUGAUCCUUAUGGUGCCUUAGCGAAUUGGGAUGAGGAUAAAGUUGAUUCUUGCUCUUGGUUUGGGGUUCAGUGCUCCGCUGAUGGCAGAGUCUUGGUUCUGAACUUGAAGGAUCAUUCUCUUAAGGGUACACUAUCACCAGAUAUCAACAAACUCAAACACUUGAAUGCCUUAAUUUUACAUAACAAUUCCUUCUAUGGAGUUGUUCCUGUUGGCAUUGGGCAAUUGCAAAAGCUGGAGGUACUGGAUUUAGGACACAAUAAAUUUAGUGGGCCACUUCCACCUGAUCUUGGAGAUAUUGUAUCUCUCAAAAUACUCAUCCUAGGAGGCAAUGAAUUUGCUACUAACUUAUCGCCUGUAAUGCAUAAGCACAAGACUCUCCCAGUUCAGGAUGACAAAGAAACUUUGCCACCAAAUAGAGAAGUGAAUCCAAGAAACUGGAGGCUUUUGGCAAGAGAACUAGCUCAAUCACCAAAUCGUCCACCGUCUUCACCUCUUCCGCCACCCCACCAGUCCCGUUCAAAAACUCAUGUGGUUAUCCUUUUGUCAACUGCAGGAUCAGUUUGUUUUCUGAUUGUCGCUUUUCUGAUAUAUUGGUACUCCAACCGUGCCAAAAAGGUUGUUGUGAUGCCAUUAACUGGUCUAUCGACAAGAGGCUCAAAACCUCCUGGGAGAAGACUCCUCGUAUUUAAACGGUCAGAACUUGAAGCAGCUUGUGAGGAUUUUUGCAAUAUUGUCGGAUCCUUUUCAAAUUUUACACUAUACAAGGGGACACUUUCAAGUGGAGUUGAAGUAGCAGUUACAUCCACUCUUAUCGCAUCCACAAAAGAUUGGUUAGCACGAGAUGAAACUCAAUUCAGGAAGAAGGUAUCGGUGUUGUCCAACUUCAAUCACAACAACUUCAUGAACCUUCUUGGCCAUUGCAAUGAAAAUGAGCCAUUUACCAGAAUGCUGGUAUUUGAGUAUUCACCAAAUGGGACACUUUUUGAGCAUUUGCACAUUAAGGAAGUAGAGCAAUUGAACUGGAGUGUGCGAUUACGCAUAGCUGCAGGCGUCGCGUACUGUCUCGAGCAAAUGAUGCAGCUUAACUGUCCAAUCCUCCGAAACUUGAACUCCUCUUCCAUCUACCUCACUGAAGAUUAUGCAGCCAAGGUUUCUGAUCUUGAGUUCUGGAAUAAGCAACCGGAUGCAGACGAGGCAUCUGAAGGAUCAAACGAAAGCAUCAUCGUUUACAAGUUCGGGAUAGUUCUCCUGGAGAUCAUUUCGGGAAGGCUUCCAUACUCGGAAGAUGAUGGCUUGCUUGUGCUCUGGGCUUCGAGCUAUUUGAAUGGGAGUCGGUCGAUCAAAGAUAUGGUUGACGAGACCCUCAACUCGGUGCCUGAGGAAGAUAUCAUCGGACUGACAGAGAUCAUUAGGUCCUGCAUCAUUGAUGAUCCAGAAAAGCAAGCUACCAUGACGGAAGUAGCUUCCCAAAUGAGGCUGAUCACAGCGAUUCCACCAGAGGCCGCUUGCCCAAAGCUUUCACCAUUGUGGUGGGCAGAACUACAAAUUGUUUCUUGAAGUUCAGUUAGCGACAUUGCUCAAUUGUAGCUGAUUCGAUUCCUCGAUAUAAAAAGCAUGUCGAGAACAAGUCGGUCUCAAUUCUCAACUACAAGGGACUUAUGUUGCAUUGUCGUAUAUAAGGUGCUGAAGAACUCAACUACUGGGGACUCCGUUGAAAAUAUUAUUCCUCCUACAAAUUCAUAAUACUAAUAUAUAAAAAGAGAAAAAGGAUAACUAAAAUAUUGUAGAAGACAUAUCUCUAGAUGCAUCAUAGUGAAAAGUUUCUCUCGGUAGGAUUUUAAAUAUUACCAGUGUUUUGGAA